UCAGCCAGUUCUUAACGGUAACUGCAGCUGUAACUGUGUCUAUGACAUAGUACGUGAACUUUAGUAUAUAUAAAACGGUGUAAUUUUUCACACAAAUAGCAAUAUGGGAUUUUUUUCGAAUAAUUUAUUUUGUCCCAUUGUUCUAUGGCAUGCCAGGUUUGGCAUAAAAUAUUUUGGCAUAAUAGGUCUUAGGCAUAAUUGAUUUUUAGCGUACGGGUAAAUGUGGCAUAAUUAACUUUUAGGUUAGGUUACUUAUGUUUCAAAUAGAUGCAGAAACCUUUAUGUGUAAAAACGUCACGCUCAAAAUUCAUUAUCAUAAUACAGUUUCGUAAAGUCAUCGCAUCGGAAACAGACAUAGUGAUUAUAUAGAUACUAAUACAUCGAUAUUUUAACAACACAUCUAUAAUUUAAUGUUAGUGCUAAUUAUAUUUAAUAGAAGGCCAAAGGUUAUUAAUUGAAAAGGGCGGGGUAAAGAUGAAAUAAAAACUUUAUGUUAGUGGACUGUAAAAUCAAAGUGAUUUAAAAUGCUGAUAGCUGGUCUGCUGCUGAGCUACACUGGGUUCAAGGUGAGGGCGGACGCCAGCACCGCGUUCCUCCGCGCGGCGCGAGCUGGUCAGAUUGAGAAGAUCAUCAAUCUUCUAGAGCAAGGAGUCGACAUCAAUGUUAGCAAUGCUAAUGGCCUGAACGCGAUCCACCUGGCCUCCAAGGACGGUCACGUGGAGGUUGUGAGAGAACUCCUGGACAAAGGAGCAGCCAUCGACGCUGCCACGAAGAAGGGUAACACAGCGCUGCACAUCGCCUCGUUGGCUGGACAAGAGACAGUUGUCAAAUUACUGGUCCAAAAUGGAGCACAAGUUAACAUCCAGUCCCAGAACGGCUUCACCCCAUUGUACAUGGCGGCGCAGGAGAACCACGACGGGGUGGUCAAGUUCCUCCUCGCUAAUGGGGCCAACCAGAGCCUGGCCACUGAGGAUGGAUUUACCCCCCUGGCGGUGGCCAUGCAGCAAGGUCACGAGAAAGUGGUGGCUGUUCUGUUAGAAGCUGACACUAGAGGCAGGGUCCGCUUGCCCGCCCUCCACAUAGCUGCGAAGAAAGAUGAUGUCAAGGCUGCUAACCUAUUGCUUGAAAACGAACACAACCCCGACGUCACGUCCAAGUCAGGGUUCACGCCUCUUCACAUCGCAGCUCACUACGGCAACGAAGCAGUCGCCAGGCUGCUCUUGGCCAAAGGAGCUGACGUGAACUGUGCUGCGAAACAUAACAUCUGCCCGCUACACGUCGCUGCUAAAUGGGGCAAAGACAACAUGGUGACCCUGCUAUGCGACAACGGAGCUAACGUGGAAGCUAGGACCCGGGACGGUCUGACUCCCCUGCACUGCGCUGCUAGGUCCGGGCACGAGAGAGUGGUGGAAGCCUUGCUGGACCGGGGCGCGCCCAUCACUAGCAAGAGCAAGAACGGCCUGGCGCCCUUACAUAUGGCGGCUCAAGGCGACCACGCUGAGGCUGCUCGCGUGCUGCUAGCACGACGCGCGCCGGUCGAUGACGUCACUGUCGACUAUCUCACUGCUUUGCAUGUAGCUGCACAUUGCGGCCAUGCUAAAGUAGCUAAACUGCUUCUGGACAGGAACGCUGACGCUAACGCACGUGCACUGAACGGUUUCACUCCCCUCCACAUUGCGUGCAAGAAGAACAGGAUCAAGGUUGUUGAACUGCUGCUCAAAUAUGGAGCCAGUAUCCAAGCGACAACCGAAUCAGGACUGACCCCACUCCAUGUGGCAGCAUUCAUGGGCUGCAUGAACAUCGUUAUAUACCUACUGCAACACGAGGCCAACCCUGAUGUACCUACAGUUAGGGGAGAGACUCCCUUGCAUCUGGCUGCUAGAGCUAACCAGACGGAUAUAAUCCGCAUCUUGCUUCGAAACGGCGCAGCAGUGGAAGCUAAAGCUAGAGAGAGACAGACACCUCUACACAUCGCCUCUCGUCUUGGAAAUGUUGAUAUCGCUGUCCUGCUCUUGCAGCACGGUGCUGACGUCAGAGCUAUGACUGCUGAUCAUUAUAAUCCAUUGCAUAUUGCUGCUAAACAGCAUAAUCAUGAUGUCGCAGCUGCCCUGAUUGAACACAACGCUCCAUUGACCGCCACUACAAAGAAAGGAUUCACAGCAUUGCACCUCGCCGCUAAAUAUGGAAAUCUUAAGGUGGCAAACCUACUCCUCGCUCAUGGAGCGUCCCCAGACCAAGCCGGGAAGAACGGCAUGACGCCUCUGCACAUUGCAGCUCAGUACGACCAGCAAGCGGUUGCUACGACGUUGAUGGAGAAAGGGGCUGAUGCUAAGGCUGUAGCCAAGAAUGGACAUACUCCACUGCACAUAGCGUCUCGUAAGAAUCAGAUGGAGACCGCCGCUACUCUGUUAGAGUAUGGUGCUCUAACCAACGCGGAGUCGAAAGCUGGAUUUACACCGCUGCAUCUAGCUGCUCAGCAGGGCCACGCGGAAAUGUGCUCGUUGCUCCUGGAACAUGGAGCUGAAGUGGACCAGCAAGCUAAGAAUGGCUUGGCAGCACUUCAUUUAGCUGCCCAAGAAGACAGGGUGCCUGUCGCCCAGUUGCUUACGAAGAACGGAGCUCAGGUGGACAUUUGCACCAAGGGUGGUUACACACCCCUGCAUAUCGCCAGCCACUACGGGCAGGCCAAUAUGGUGAGGUACCUGCUCGAGAAUGGUGCUUCUGUCAAAGCGCAGACUAAUCAUGGGUACACUGCACUACAUCACGCCGCGCAACAAGGACAUAUUAACAUUGUCAACAUACUUCUUGAGCAUAAGUCUGAUGCAAAUGCUACUACAACGAAUGGCCAAACCCCGCUGGACAUUGCAUCCAAACUUGGCUACGUAACUGUCAUGGAGACCCUGAAAGAAGUAUCAGAACCUUCAGCCACUCCAGUUUCCCAGGAGAAGUAUAAAGUAGUGGCUCCUGAGACCAUGCUGGAGACCUUUAUGUCAGAUUCUGAAGAAGAGGGAGGUGAAGACACCAUCCUCAACGACCAGCCGUACCGGUACCUGACAGCGGAUGAUAUGAAGUCUCUGGGAGAUGACUCUCUGCCCAUCGACGUGACCAAAGACGAGAGAACUGAGUCCGCCAUGAGCCACAAGAACAUCAUGGAGAUGUCUCAAGGCUCAAUGAACGGGAUGCCGUACCAGCCUCAGCAAGAGGUGGUUGUGAAGAGCAUCAGUCGGUACAGCACGGCCCAAGCUCCAGAGGGUUACUGCUACAAUGUGGACCCUACUCAGCCCAAGAAAAAACUGCAAUGGAAAAAUUUCCUCGUAUCUUUCCUGGUGGAUGCGAGGGGAGGCGCCCUGCGUGGUUGUCGCGGGGGCGGAGUCCGGGUCAUUGUGCCUCCCUUGUCUGCUCAACAACCUACUAGGAUCACUUGCCGAUACCUAAAACCAUCACGGAUCAACCACAUGCCUCCUUUGAUGGAAGGCGAAGCUUUGGCUUCAAGGGUGCUUGAAAUGGGACCAGUGUCUGCCAAGUUCCUUGGCCCCGUAAUCCUGGAAGUGCCCCACUACGCGUCACUCCGUGGCAAAGAGCGAGAGAUUGUCAUCUUACGCUCUGACAAUGGUACCAGUUGGCGGGAACAUAACGCUGACGCCACGGAUGAUGUGGUCCAGGAUAUAUUACAUGAAACUCUCGAAAUUGAAGACACUAACGAAGAAGACAAAGGCUGGGACGCGCCGCGUGUCACUAGGAUCCUCACGCAUGACUUUCCUCAGUACUUCGCCGUCAUAUCUCGCAUCCGCCAAGAAGUGCACGCCAUUGGACCCGAAGGUGGAAUGGUGUCAAGCUCUGUGGUGCCUCAAGUACAAGCCGUAUUCCCCCAGGGUGCCCUUACCAAGAAGAUCAAAGUCGGUCUCCAGGCCCAAAUAAUAGAUUCAGAACUUACGGCAAAAUUGCUGGGUCGUGGCGUAGCCGUAUCUCCAGUAGUAACAGUAGAACCUCGAAGAAGAAAGUUCCAUAAGGCGAUAACCUUGAGUAUGCCAGCACCAAGACCUCACACUCAAGGAAUGACAAACCAGUACAGCACAUCAUCAGCUCCAACUUUAAGACUUCUUUGCUCCAUAUCAGGGGUAUUUCGCAAACGAUCUCUCGAAGGAGGAACAAACCGAGCUCAUUGGGAAGAUGUUACGGAGAAUACACCUCUAACGUUCGUGAAUGACUGCGUUUCGUUCACGACUACUGUCUCUGCUAGAUAUUGGCUGAUUGAUUGCCGACAUAUCGAAGAUGCUACUAAGAUGGCCACUGAGCUUUACAGGGAAGCAAUCCAUGUACCGUUCAUGUCCCGUUUCGUGGUUUACGCCAAACGCACGGACGAGUAUCAAGCGCAAUUGAGGAUGUUCUGCGUCACUGAUGAUAAGGAGGACAAGGCUUUAGAGAGGAUCGAGAGGUUUAUUCAGGUCGCCAAGAGUCGGGACGUGGAGGUCCAUGAAGGCAAGCACAUAUACUUGGAGUUCGGAGGCAACCUGGUCCCCAUUGCAAAGUCCGGGGAACAACUAUCCAUUCCAUUCAGGGCGUUCCGGGAGAACCGUAUGGCCUUCCCCGUGAUGAUCAAGACUCAAGAUUUGGAGCCGAUGUGCAGGUGCCAGUUCAUGAGAGACCCGAAGGUGCCUAAGGGAGAACCGUCACCAGCACCGAUCGCAGUCCUCAACAUAAUGGUGCCUGAUGAUUCCAAUGGAGAGAGAACAAGUCCCAUCCCAAGCGACACGUUGCCAAGGCGCACGGCCGAACAAGAACUAGUAUGGAGACAGCGUCUCAGUGAUCCAAGGUUGGAAGAUAUUUGCAACCUCCUCGGUAAAGACUGGGUGGCGUUGGCGUAUGAAUUAGGAGUGAGCGUGGCAACCGUGAACCAGAUCCAAGCCAAGCGGAUCACCGCAGCGGAGCAAGCCCAGCUCAUGCUAAAGCUGUGGAAAACGCAAUCUGGCACCAAAGCGCUAGAUAAUUCUCUCGAGUUAGCGCUUUGUCGCAUUGGCAGAGACGAUAUCAUCGCACCGCAAUCAGAGGAUAUUAACGAGCGUCGAAUUCAACGAAACAUUUACCAAGAGAGACAAGCAUCUGAGGAAAUCGAAGCGUAUAAAGCUGAAGAAGACAAUAAGUUAAAGGAUAAACUUUACGAUGAAAAUGGAAUACCUGAACAUAGAGAUCUAGAACAUGAUCAGGAUGAAGCGAAAUAUUCUCCUGAAGAAAAGUCGAUUGUUGAUAAGAGUGAAUUAGAACGAACCCCUACUCCAAGCGAAGAUAGUGAAGAAGAUGAAGAUUUCAAACGUAGUGUAGCUGAAAGAAAAGAACAAAUAACGAGAAAGUUAACAUCCAGCAAAAUUCCAGCCUCUAAACAAAAGAAAGAGAUAAGAGAAGAAAUAAUUGAAAUUAAGACACAAAUUAAACCAGAUAUCAAGAAAUUCCAUGACAUUGAACAACAGGUUGUAAAGGAACCCAAAUUAGAGCGAACACGUUCAAAAUCAUCCCCAGAAAGUGCUGACGAAGAAAAAGAAAUUGAAGUACACAUGGAACAAGUAGUAGAAGUGAAGAAAGAAGAAGCUAAGACUGUUGAGCGACCUGUAGAACAAUUUAGAAAGUUUGACCCAUCAUCCCCAGCUAAACCAACGCCUAAACACUUGCAAAGGCAUAUGAGAAACGAAUCGAUGAGGUUCCCUUCUGGUGACUUUUCUAAUGUUACUAUCACACCUCGUAAAUCAGUAACAGCUGAAACGACAGAGAUUAAACAAGUUACGGAAACUAAAGUUGAAACUUUCACAAAAGGUGCUAUAUCACAAAAAGAAAUAGUAACUUCCAGGGUGGAAGAAAAGCUAGAUGAUGGCGAAAAAUCACCCGAUUUAGUAACUGAAGAUGACAAAGAUAUCGCUGAGGCUACCCUAAAAGCCAAAAUAAGUACAUUUGAAUCUAAAAUUAUAAAGGAACCGUCUAUAGAUCUACCUAAAACAGCGGUGAAAUUGACUAAAGAAGCCUUAAAGAAACAUACAAUGGAACAAGAACACGGAAUCGAAUAUACACAAGAAUUUGUCCGAGAACAGUCUAAGCAAAUAUCUAGUAUGGAAUCUCAUGAAAAAAUCGUUCAUAAAGUGACAAUAGAAUCAGAAAAACAAGCUGAAACUGUUAAAUCUGUCAAAGAAACGAUACAACACUUUGAUUCCAAAAUCAAACACGAUGAAAAAACCAAACAAUUUCCGAAAACGAUGAGAACGGACUCCACUUUAGUACAAGUAUCAUCUGAGGAGGAUAGCGAGUUUUUAAAGAAAUCUACUGACUCGGAAACUGAAACAGAGUCACAUACUAUAACGAAAUUAGAAAAAACCGAACAAAUGAAGAAAAAGUCAGGUAAAGAUUUCGAGAUCAAACCAGAUUUGAAAGAUUUUAAGCCUAAAUCAGAUGCGAAAAAAAUGGACAAAAAAACAGAUUCCGACGACGGAAAAAAUGGCCAAGGUGUUGCAGUUAAAGUACAAAAAUUAGAGAAACAAAUGACUGAAGAGCUUAGGUCUAAAGUAAGUGAAGAAGAACUCAACGAGGCAUUAGAAGAAAAGGAUGUAUCUAUUACUGAAAAUAAAGAAGCUAAGAUUGAAACCCAACACUCAGUUGCAAGUAAUAAAUCAGAUAUAAGUAAAAAUACCAAGACUGACUCAAUGGGAUCUGAUGCUCAAGAUUUAAUAGCUCAAAAAAUAUCCCAAGAAUCGCCAAUAACUUCGGUUAUUGAUAAAGCCGACUCUUUGGCUGAUUUACAACAAAGUACCGAAAAGGACUUUAGUUUUGUAUCGCAAACUGAAUCUAAGGUAUACUCAAAAGAGUCUAAACAUAGAAGUGAUUCACUUGACGAAGCUUCACAGUUUUCUGAUUUGGAAGAUCAAAUCGGUUCAAGUCCAGCUCAUAGACCUACAUAUAUAGAUAAAGAAAUAAAAACUGUAACGACUACUGUAAUAGAUAAAUCAGAAACCGCCAAAGCGCAAACCUUAGAAUUCUUGAUGCAUGAAAGUGAAUAUAGUGCGCAAAUAGAUGAAACCAGCAUGAGCGCAACAGAAAUUGAAAAGAUAUCACCAAAAGAGUCAGUGAUAAGUGCAAAAGCACGGCAAUUCAUCGAAACAGUACCAGAAGAUGACUCUGUACAGGAAUGCUUCUUUUCUAAACGAAUUUAUUCCGACUCAUUAGAAGAUUCUGAACAUACCGACUCAAGGCGACAUUCUGAAGCAGAAUCCUUAAAGUCUGAUCAGUCUGAUGUAAAAGCUAAAUUAUCUUCAUCUGACUUUGAUGAAAGAGCCGAAUAUGAAGAAAUAAUAGAUUCAGGUAGUGGAUUUGGUGAUGAAAAAUUCGAAGAAAGCGUUGGAUUUACAGCCAUAAAAAUUGACCCGAAAGCAGUAGAAAAACAGGAUUCUGAGUCAGAUAAAGAGCCAGAAUCCAUUUUCAAAAAGAUGGGACCUAAACGACAUUCAAGAACCGAGUCUGUGAGUAUCACCAAAUUAAGUGAUUUACAAACAGACACAGAAUUACCCAAAAAACAAGAAUUCCAAAUGAUUGUAACAGAAGCAGAGGAAGUUGAUAAAUCACUGGAUGAACCAUCCGACAAAAUUUCUUCUGAAAGUAGUAGGGAAAUAGAAAUAUCUGACCGAAAGUCAUCUGAAGGGAUUUCAGAUAAAAUAAGUUCAGAAGAUGCUGUUACUGAUAAGAAGACGUCAUCGGAAGAAGAAAUUGCAAGAGAUCAUGUGCCUGUUAUUAGUGAAAAAACUAAAGUUGUGUCUAUUGUAAAUGAAACAGUCAAAGAUAUAGAAAAAACUGACAUUAGAACACAAAUUGUCAAAGAAGAUAUAAUUGAGAAAGGCGAUAUAGUGAAGCGACAAUCAGUCACAUCUGCGGGUUCUGGUUCAGUAAGCGAAUUACGUUUAGAAGAAAAACGCCUGUCUGAUGCCUACAGUCUAACUGAAUCCAAAGAUUACACCUUUGAAGAGUCAGAAGACGACAUCGGAACACAAGGAACACACACGCAUGUUGACGUAUCCAAAGAAAAAAUCGAAUCAAAGGAUAUUGAUUUAAAAACAAAAGUGUCUAUAGGUAAAUCCGCUGAGCAAGCGGCAAAACUUGCAAGAUUUACACACGGUGAUUCAUUAGAUGAUGUAGAAGGUUUUCCUGAAGACCACGUUACAGACUACAUUCACAAAUUACCACAUAUCGCUGAAGUUGGAUCCGUGUCUGAUAAGGAUUUAAUGAACGAAUUUUUGAGUAAAGAAAGAGAAGAACAAAUUAAACGUGAAACAGUGCACAUUGCUUCUACUACGAUUAGUGAUUUCUCCCAACCUGCUCCAGUUGUUACAUCAUAUACAAGUUCAAUAGUUGCCACAGAGACUACGGUAUCAAGUACCAUAAAAGAGUACAAAAAGGGGGACAAAUUUGACGUCAGCAAAAUUCGCACUGAUACUUUAGGUAAAUUUGACUUAGGAAAUAAUGAUGAGGAGUCAAUUGAAACAAAAAAAAAUAUUCCUAAAGAUUUAGAUUUAAAAGAAAUACCGGAAAUAACAAAAGAGCAAGUAAAACCAGUCAUUGAUGAUAUUUUACAAAAAGGAACUAUUGCUGCUGCAGCCAGGAGUCCUAUUUUAGACAAAGAUAUUAAAAUUGUCACUAAAGAUAUUGUUGAAUCCGAGAAGCGAUCUUACGAUGCUAAAGCGCCACAUAAAGAAGAACGUAGACAUUCUUGCAUUAGUCCUGCUAUAUCUUUAGAGAGGAUUGCAGAAUCUGACGUAGAAACAGAAGAAGAAACACCAAAAGUAAUAAGCAAACCUGUUGUGAAUACGCAAAUAACUUCAAUCAAUACUGAUAUGAAAAAAUCUGAUUCUGCAAUGAAACAAAUGGCCGACAAUAUAGAAAUUAUUAUCAAACAAGCAUCUGAAGAUGUGGAUCUUUCUUCAGAAGAACCGGUAGUAGAAGAACCAACUCCAGUUCAACAAGACGAUAUUGCAGGACGAGUUUCAGUCGAUUCUAUUAUUGAAGAAGCCGUUACUACUGUAGAAGGGUAUUUGGAAUCUUCAAAAGAAGCCAAAGAGCGUGAUAUCGAAGCUAAAAAAGAAAUAGUAUUUGAAGAAACGAAAAAAUUUGUUAAAGAACGACCUGGUUUAAUUAAAUCCUUGUCAAGAGAUAGCGGUGAAAUAGUAAUAAUGCCAAAGAAAAAACACCCUCGAACGUUUUCUGUUCAAAGUUCACCAGAGGAAGUUGAAGAACAGAUUUAUACUGACUCAGAAUCUGACAUGGACAAAGCAAAAGUUCUCGAAAUUAUCGAACCUAGUUCAGAUUUGGAAUGUAAAGCAGCAGAAACUAGUUUUGAUACCAGGAAAAUCAGAACAGAUUCAUUAGACGAUGCCGAUGAUUUCCCCGAAAAAGAGGCUGAAUUUUUUGGAGAUGACGAAAAGUUCCAUGAUGAAACGACAUUUGAAACUGAAAAAAUUGACUCUAAACGUCAAACAUCGGAUAUUACUGGACCUAGUACUAGUGGCCCACAACCUGACAUUGAUGAUGAUAAAUCUUCAGAUAAACUAAUCAAAAAGACACAGUUAGUGGAUAGGAUUUUGCAUUCUGAUUUAAUUUCCAAGUCAACCACAGAAUCUUCGGUUACAACGGUUGUAUCUACUUUAACUAAAUCUUCUGAUGAAGAUCAGAAGUCAGUAGUUGAAGAUGCUACUUCAGCAGAUUUUUCAAAAAUUAGUGGUGCAGACCUUGUUAAAGAUCCAUCAAAAACGUCAUUCGAUGCAAAAGAGGAUUCAAAUAUUGAAGAGCAAAUUGAAUACCGUGGCACUCCAGAUUUAUCAAAGAAAUCUAUAAGCUUAACAAAGGACUAUUCUAAAUCAUCUAUUGAUAGUAAAGAUACUUCUAGAGAUUUUGCUACAAACGAACUCUCGAAAGAUUCUACAGUUGAUCUGACAAAAGAUUUUUCGAAGGCUUCAGUAGAGAGUGUUAAAGAAACGUCGAAAUCGAUAGACGAAAAAACAUUCUCUGAAGAUCAUUCUUCUCUUGAUGUCUCUAAAACAUUAGCAUCUGAUGCUUCAGAAGCUAUAACAAUGAGCAAAGAAUUUAUUGAUGAAGAGAAGUCAUUGUCAAAAAUCGUAAAAGUAUCGACCAGUUCCUCACAAGAAACAUCAAUUAUGACUGAAAGCAAACUAUUAAGUGAACAUGAUGACAGAUCUUUAGAUAGGCAAAAAGUUUCUGACGCUGAACCUGAAAGAGAUUUUAUUGGAGAAAUGGAAGAGAAAAUAGCCGAGCUCAAAACUGAAUUCAAAAAAGAAGAAGAUAGCAUAAAAGAUUCUGGCGCAACGUUCGUUAAUGGGAUAGGUGCAAAGAAAAAAGAAAAUAUUCCAAAGGAACAGGUUGAAAAAGAUUUUGAUGAAGGCCCAAACAGCAGAGAAUUACAUAGACGAUGCUCAAAUUUAUUGGAAGACAUAUCACAGGGUGCUCUUAUUAGAAUUGAUUCCAGCCACGUAACACAUGAUUUAGCGUCAAAGUUCUCUAAAACACCGCCUCCGUCCCCAGUAGAUUUGAUAGUGAAAGAUAAAGCAAAACUGGAGGAAAGUUUUGGCGACAAACAAACCGGGCUACAACUACGAGGCUCCGAAUCUUCGUUCCUGGAUGCCAGCCGUCAAUCACCGAGAGCAUCAUCAGCAGGAGACAGUCUCUACAGUGAAACAGAGGCUCACCAAAGUGAUGUAUUGACGGAGGCAUCCAAGGCACUUAGUGCAGCCGCCAGACCAAAAUCUCCGACGAAACAUUUAGCGGAUAACUUAUCAUUUAUAAAUGUUGACCAACCAACUUUGACGAGUGGGGCUAUAGAACUUGUUGACCGAACUAUCGAAAAGAGCAUUGAUGUAAUUGAUCAAAUCAAGAAAGAACAGUUAGCAGUUAAAAUGGAAGAAAUGCAAAAAUCUUCCUCAUCUGAUACCUUCUUCAGUGAAUCUAGAAUAGAAACCUCAACUUCAUCUUCAUCUGUUCACAAAACAUUUGAAGGAUCAGAACUAAAAUUCAAAUCUAUUGAUCCUGAAGCCGUCAUGUCUAAUAUGGUGGCAAAAUUUGGCACCACCGAUGAAUAUAGUACUAUAUUAUCGCAAAAGGAAACUGAAACUAGAAAAAUCACAGGUCAGGAAUUCUUUUCCGAAACAAAGCAAGUAUCAUCUUCGGAUGACGAUUCUCUUGUUAUAAAAACUGAAACAAAACAUGAACUGAGAGGACAAGAACACGAAGUAAAAGAAAAAACAAUAGUACGCAAGGAAGGAGAUCAUACAGAAACAUCUCAAAAGAAAAUAGAAAGAGCUCAUGAAGCAACAGCGAAACGAUCUGAUGUUGAAACAAAAACUGUUUUCAAAAGUACUGAUGACACAGACAUUAUUAAGGUAGAGAGAGAAUUUUUGGAACAAGGUCUGUAUACAGGUCGUCAAUCUAAAUCCGAAGAAAAGAUGACAGCUCUUAAGGACGAAACCAUCAAGAAAAAACACGAAGUAAAGAUUUCCGAAAGAGAUCUAUCACAUGAACAAUGGGGAAAGGAAUAUUUUACUGAACCAGGUGAAUUACAAGAUAUUCAAGAGAAUGAUGAUUUGAAGUCAAGAAUAGCUUUCGUUGAUUCAGCACUUAAAAUAGUAGAAAAGGAUGAAGUGGUAUCGAGUGUUGAAGUUUCAGAAAAAGGUAAAAUAAUAAGCUCCAAAGUAGAACAUCAUAAAGAAGAAUCCGUUAUUGAAAGUAAGGAACACGAUGAUCUAAGUUCAGAUGCGUCACAUGCGCCAAGUUUCAAAAGCGAAGAAAGGCGUGGGUCUUCUGAAACAAGUCCUAAAAGCAAGUCCAAGUCCUUCAAGAAGGAUAACGAAGUAUAUGAAGUCGAUUUUAUCAAGGAAAUAAAAGUAUCAACAUCUCCAGUUAAAAGUACAUUCAGUCGAACUGGAAGUCAAGAUACACAUUCAGAAUCAGAGGCGGCUCCAGAUUUACCUCAUGAUGGGGAUACUCCAAAGAAAGAAAAACAAACACGUUCUCCUGUUAAACUUCCACAGCAGAAAUUAGAAGACCAAGUUUGGGAAGUAUCGGUACAAAAAGCUGAUUCUUUUGAAAUAGCCGAUGACAUUCCUAAACCAUUACAUUCUUCAACAACAACCAUUGAGUCCAGUACUACGAAAAGUUCCGAUAGCGACACGAUUUUAGAAAUGAAACAUAUAGUCGAAACUAGAACAGAAGUAUCUACAAAAACCCCAAAAACCGACAUGUCACCGAGUACGCUAGAAAUAACUGAUGAUAUUAGUACGACAUCUAAAGAUAUAAUGAUCAAGUCUGGCGAAAGUAUUGAUACUGAAUAUAUGGUCAAAUCGUUAGAAUCCCAUGAAGGAGAAAUUUUACAAAAAUCUAUUGACUCUACUGUCAGUGCAGAAACAUUGCAUGCAUCUGAAUUUUCCACCGAAGCAGAUUCUGCGUUUUUGACGGGAACUGACCAUAGACGUACAGAAGAGAUAAAAUUAGUAAAAGAAAAAAGUCUUGAAGAUAUUUGUAGUAGUGGUUAUGACACCGAUCUUUCCUCUGCUGAGUUUCAUGCUACGAAACUUGAGUCUGAACGGGUCGAUUUUGAUUCAUUUAUGUCUGCUCAGCCACUCGCUGACUUGUCGGUUUUGGAAAAAACUAUUGAUGAAGUCAAGCAGUCUCUUGAAGCGGCACAAGUUGAAAUUAUUAGCGAAAAAAAUGAUGGAAGUAGUAAAUAUAAACAAUCUCCAUCUGAAUUCCAGUUUAAACUUUUGAUUAGUCCAGACAGGCCUGAAGUAAUCACGGAAGAGACACAUGCGGCUGAUGAUCACACGGAUAGAACUGUGGUUCGUCUACCAAAAGAUGAUAUAAUUGUAGAUAGUCAAAAGUCUGAUAGCAUUUCACAAAAAGUUAGUUCCCAAGAUGAAACGACUACAUCAGACGAAGAUAAGGAAACGGUUCAUAUAAAAGAGUCAAGUCCACCAUUGGAUGGUGCAGACUUUUCAAUCAGAUCUGAUAGUGGUCCUCAUUCUAUUAUAGAAACAGAAAGUGAAUUGGUAUUAUCUGACCGAGAUGGUUCCUCGAAAGGAAGUCCAGAAGUCAAAUUAAGAGUACAGAAACAUAUUAAAUCAAAAUUAGGAAUUGUUGAAAGACGAUCGGCUUCUGAGAUAGAAGGAUGGUCAAGUUCCGGUGAAAGUCACUAUCAGAGUUUUGAACACUCAGAUGUAAGUAGGCCUUUAUCAUCCGAUGUAGACGUGAUGAUGACGGCGCAAAGUGGAACUGAUUUUGAUACAGCUUUAACCAGCCACGAUGUAUCAUCUCAUUCAUUGAGGACAUCUAAAGAUUAUUACACAGCCGCUAGUUCACUUGCUUCUAGGGACAGCAUGAAGAGCCUUGAUUCCGAUGGUUCUAGCCAUGUAGCUAGUAUUGAUAUAUCAGACGCAUCUGAAACACUUGUGCCUUCAGCGAAUGAGUUGAAAGAAGAGUUGUUAGAAAGUAGCACAUAUGUUGAACAAUUUCUACAUGAAGCUGAAAAAGAUCAGUCGCCUAAAGUGAAAGAUGUGAGUGAAGAUGAAGAAUCUGGUGAUGACGACGAAGGCAAAACAGAUGCAAUUGAGCAUGUCGGUAAAAUGAAGAGAUCACAUGAAAUGCGCUUUCAGCCAAAAGAAAUGGUUCCCGAACAUUUUCCAGCAGAAAGUGUAUCUGAAAGCACAGAGGUAGAUGAUGAUUCUUCAAAAGAGAAAGAAGGAUCAGAUACGACUAUUUCUAGUCAAUUUAAAACCGAUGAAAUUCUCUCAUCAUCGAUUUCAAAACUGGAUAUGCCAUCAUCAGCUUCUCAUUCAGAAAUAGAAGAAGUAAAAGAUGAAUUUACAAAAGUUAAAACACAUGAAGAACAAGCCAUACCUUUUGCAAUUACAAAAGUUGAAACGCAACAACGGGAAUUUGUUGAUAUAGAGAGUGAAAUUAUACCUGUGGGUUCAUCAGAAUAUGAAGACAUAGUUAAAAGUAUACCUUUGACAUCUAAAAAAACUGUUGAUCAAGACUCCACAAAGAUUAUCAAAACAACAAUACAAACUGAUGAGCAGACUCCUGGGCAAAAGAAGGUAGAAAUAAAUGAAGAAUGUGUAAAAAAAGUUGUAAAAGAUGUGAGUGUUGUGCCUUUCCCAGUUACUGAGAAACCUGUUUCUCAAAGAGAGUUUAUUGAUGUCGAAGAUCAAAUUAUACCUAUUGAAUCGAAACAAUAUGAAGAAAUUCUCAAAUCUAAGAGUGACUCUUCAGUGCCUAAAACUAAGGUAGAAAAAUCAAGUGUAAAAACUCCCGACUCACAGUUAGAGGAUAAACAAAGUUCGACGUCUAGUUUAAAAACUCAAGAUCAUUUAUCAACGCCUCAAACGCCAUUGUCGGCUCCAAGUCAAAGUUCAAUUUCAACGGAUAAUGGUAGAGAGUAUGUUUUAGAUGAUAUGUAUGAUAUAUCAGAGACCCCAGAAUUAAGGUCAGAUCUUAUAACAGAAAGUAGCAGAUCAGAACUUGUCGUAACGACAGAAGAAAGGAUCAUUCAUACUUAUGAUAAGGAACAAGACUCUCCUACCAGUGAUGAGUUUGAAAUUGUUGAUAAGCCAAAUGAAAUGGAUGAUUUUGUUGUUAUUGAAGAGGUUGCCAAAGAAGCGCAAGAAACAGAUACAGAAGGUAAAAGUGUCCAAAUCAAAACUCAAAAGUAUAUUAAGAAACAUGAUACAGAAGUUGAAGAAUAUUUGUCAAAAGCAUCGAAGAAGCAGGAAAGUACAAGUAGUACCUCUGGAUCACUAUCCGAUGAAGAAUUACUCCAAUAUGAGUUAGAGCAAAAGAGAUUACAGGCACAAGAAUUAGCGGAAAUAGAAGCUGGUAAACGGUGGAUUCAAAUGCAAUUUGAGGGGGAUCCAAGAUAUGAAUACGAAAGAGUUCCUUUAGAAGAUAUUAAAGAAGAAGAAAUGACGGACUUUGAUGCUAGUAGAAUAGGAAGUUUAAGCUCGCAAAAAGAAUCGAUAGGAAGUUACGGUAGUUUUAGAAAUUCAUAUGGAAGCCUUUCUGAAUCUGAAAUGGCAUCUCGUAUAAGAUUCAGAGUUAGGGGUGAAAAUGAUGAUAUCUCUAUUAGCUCUUUACAAGAGUUUGAAAACUUAGAGAAAGCAUUAAUGGAACAAUAUCAACAACAUUCUUCAUCAUCACAAGACUCAUUAAACGGUUCGUUACCAAGACGUUAUAUAUUGAGUAAGAGCCAAGGUGAUGAUAUUUCUAUAUCGAGUCUAAAGGAAUUUGAAGGACUUGAAUCAGCAUGUCUUGAAGCCUUAAAAGCAGAAAUUCUUGCUAAGCAAAAAGAAGCUUUACUUCUAGCUGACCCGAAGGAAGUGAGUAGUAGUUUCUUGGAAAGAGAAAAACGUUCUUACAGCGGUAGUUCAGAGAGCAGUCCUCCACAAAAGGGCGGUAGUCCUAGUCAAAAAAGUGGAAGUCCAUCUCAAAAAGGUGGUAGUCCCUCUCAAAAAGUAGGUAGUUACGGCAGUCCCUCACAAAAACUUUUGACUGAUUCAGCUGUAAUUAGAAAAUUAAUUGAUCAACAAAUGGCUUUAGAACAGAAAUUACAAGAACAAGUGACACCUAAAGUAGUUACAGUAAAAAAAUACGAUGAAAGAGGUGCGUUCUUUGUACCUGAGCCUGAACCAGUUCCUACUCCAGAAGUUACUGAAGAAUGCAGAAAAACUUCCAGUUUUGUUUGUGCGGCAGCUCCUAGCGAUGGAUCAGCCGAAUCUAUACCCGGUGAUUGCGAGGAAAUGAUGAAAUUAUUGGAUCAAGAAGAGAGCUCUAAGAAAUCUCAAACUGUGACUAAAACAUUUACAGAUGAAGGAGUUAUAGAAGUUGUUAGAACUACAACUGUAAUACAACAAAGGUUUGUCGAUGGAAAGAAAGUUUCGGAGACAGUAACUAGUACGGAUGGAGAAGGAGCUGUAGAUAUUCCAGCAAGACCUAAACCACUCGAUGAAAGUUCUAUGUCUUAUGGAUCUGAAAUGUCUUCUUCUAUGGUAUCUCAAUCGUCAGAAAUGGAUAGUUUGAUGACUGUUGUUGAAAAACAUUCGACAGAUGGGGAAGUUGUGACUGUUACUAAACAGACAAUAAUAAUGUCCUCAGAUAAACCCGAGGACUUAGAUUUUUCUAGGGAGGGAAGUGUUGUUCGUGAACUGUCGCCCUCUUCAGGGAGGUCGAUUGCACAUAGCGUCAUUUCCCUCUCUGGUAAACCAUUCAUAGAUCCAGCGAGUGGCUCGUGGAGUGGCCAAGAUGAAGAAUUGAGCUCUUCAGGAAGUUUUAGCAGGGGAGCUCGGGCCGACCUCAUGCUAGGGAGCACUGACAGCUUAGAAGCGACCAGUUCCAACGCAACCAGAGCCACCUACAACUACGAGGUUGACACGCCAAUGACCGGAAGUUUGACUUCUGGAGCGGCUCGCCCCCCAGGGUCGAAUACCAUGGUCUCGUCCCUGGAUACCCUGGAGCCGCUGACAGCAGUCCAGAUGGAAAGUCUGGAACACCAGUCCACCAGUGAGCACUACUCGUAUGAAGUACAAGAGCCAGAUUCUGAUACUGAAAGAUUGGAGCUGGACGGAAGGCAACCUCGUGCAAAAGAAAGGACCAUCAUGUUUGACAGCACAGAUACACUAAGCGCUGUCAGUGGAGACAAUUCUGUCAAAGAAGCUACAAUCGAAACUGCAGCUCCUACGUUCUAUAUCGGCGAUACACCUAUUUUGCGAGGAGAACGAAGAGACGAAGAAGAAGAUCAACCAGUUCUCUCUGGUAGUUGCCCAGCAUCGUUACCACCAGCGACUCAACCGUCGCCGCCAAUUCCAGCUCAAAGAAGCUGCUAUUGUAUAAGUCACUCCCAAGAAACGAUCAACAAAUAGGUCUCUCACAAUGUUAGCGAAAUCUCCACCAUCGAGUCUAGAAGAAACUGCAAAGAAGUAAUUCAAACGAUUUCCAUUACCUUUUAUUUAUUUAUUUAUAUCUGUCCUUUUUCUAGUAAGAUCUUUAUAAUUUCUUAUUAGAUUAGUUCCUCUUGCAGCUGGUAAAGCUUUAGCAGAUGCACUAUUUGCUAUUGAUACUGAAUAUUAUAUAAAACAACAUAAUACAGUGAUAGUGUCAUAGCGAAACAAACUAAACAAUGUAGGCAAAUAUCAAUGUGUAUUAUUAAGAUAUCUAUUGUGAUAGUAUCAAGUACUUAUUGUACUCACAUGUCCUUACAUUGUAGUGUGAACUCGCAUUUUUGAUCGAAUUGUUCAAGAGUUUCAACUUGACUUAUAGGAUUCACUCCUGAUAUAAAAUCAUCAUUUUUUGCUAGGUGUGUGUCUUAUACAUCAAGUUUUGGAUAAUAUUUUGGUACUCACUUUUGUACUGAAGUCGGUUUUUGUACGAUGAUGGUCCAUGUAACUUCGACCUAUCCUUUUAGAUAGUGCUUAGCUUUUAGUCUUGGAGUAAAAUGCUUAUUCAAUAUGAAGUAACACUGUAGAACCUUUGGGUAUUUUAUAAGAAUACAAAUAAGUAGAUACGUUUCUGAUCGAUUUUGAUAAUCUCUGAGAUGAUGUUGAAGUUGUCUUGCUCAUUCAUAGAGCAUUUCGAAAAGGACAGAAAGAGAUUGGAUGAAUUCCAAUCGGUCCGGUUUUGAUUCUUGCACAAUUUCUAACGUAAGUAGAUAGGUAGAUACUAAAUGUAGGGUAAGCUACCUGCGGUCAGCUCCAGUGAUAAUGUUGAUCUCGUUUCGUUUAAGUUGUAAUUAUUUAUUUAUCUAAUUUUAGAUUUAGUUUAUAUUUAAUUUGUAUUAAAUAAUCUGAUCUUUCGGUUAGCUCCUUAGUUUUAGCACUGUAUUCGUUUCCCUAAUUCGUUUAUUAAACAUCAUUUGACUAAAUUUAUUUCCUUGGUUCGGUAGGUUGGCCGUAGCUACUAUAACCAAAUCAUAAGGUUCAGCUUGCUCACUUCCAGAUGUUUGUACGUUCCCAUAAAUUAAGGGUUAAAAUUUACAAUGUUUAGAAACUCGGUUUAAGACGUGCUGGGUUUGUUACCCAAAUCUAAUUAGGGUAUGAGAUCUUGUCAACUCUGUUAAUCACUCUAUUGAAAACGUUAUAUUCCUUUUUUAAUACAAUGGCUUCAUAAUUGUACAAGAAAGCUUUUGAUAUUCCACUUAUGGUAUAUCCACAUCACUUUAAUAUUUUUUUAAUAGUUAAUAAAGUUAUAUGUAACUACAUAAAUAUUCACGGGACUUAGCACGAACUUUUUUUAUUUAAUGUUGCUGACGUUUCAACGACCUUGCAAUCGCCGGCCAGGAGGAGUAUUUGGGCUGUGAAGUUGUGGAUGUUAGCUAAGUCCCGUCAAUAUAAACUACAUAUAGUUAUGUGCUCAACGCGAACAUUUAAAGAACACUAACGUUACGUGUCAACAAGAGUAAGAUACUUCUAAGUAUGUCGCCAAUAUGAUAAAUCAAAGUUUGAAUAUGUUAAAACCUUUGUUUGUUAAAACUUACUAACUUUUGAAAUUUUUAUCAGUUUUGACAAGUUCUCAGUUAAAGGAAUGAGACUGAUGGCGGAUGUAUCGAGACGUGUAUGUAUAAUGGAGGGCUUGGCUAAUUCACGUGCAACGCUGAUUUGGAUCCGUUUUUUUCAUAUCAGCUGAUCCCUUACAAAUAUCGCUUCUGAAAUACAAUUUAUAUCACAAAAUUACAAUGGACUUUACACAUUCCAAAUAACGUUUAGUCCACAACGUAUAGCAAUAUGUAUAUCCAAUCCAAUAUGUAUGUUCAAUUGUUACAUAUUGCUUGAAUUUGAUACAUAUUACAUAUUGCAUGCUACUGGAAUGCCGCGUGGUAUUUACGCGUACUAAAAGUUUUUUAUAAUGUUAUAAUAUUGGCGACGUCAUUUUAAAGCCAACAAGAUAUUUCUCUAAUUCAGGAAAAUAUAAGAUAAUUGGUUUGUAUUUAGAGGUUAUGUUGUUCAUUGAAAGAGUCGAUAUUUAAAGAAUUGAUCAAUUAUAUGAAAUACUAUGUAGGUACAGUAAAGCCGCAUACUUCGUAUUUUUUUUUCGUAGACCUAAUUUUUGUCGCCUAAUUCAUAUAAAGUUUGCAUGGACCUCUAUUACUUGGUAAUAGUGGAGAAAUCGUAAUGAUUUUGCGUAGGCUGAUAUAUGAUGCUGGCUGUUAUAAACGAACGCCUUACAAUUUGAAAAACGAACGCAAUUCCAAAAGAGAAAAGGAAAAACAGUUGAAUCUCAGAAUCGAUUUUGUAAUGUAGGGUCGACGCUUACGUAUUGUAGCUAUAAAUAUAUAAAUAUAGUUAAUUUGUUUUAAAAUUGGUGUGCUUAAGGAAAUUCGUGUUAAUAUAAAAGCUAGAUCGUCGUUGCUCGCUAAUUAAGUUUCUAAUUAAUUUAGUUGCCGUUCAUUUAAAGUUGUAUUUGUAAUAUUGCUGGAUAUUCUAUCGAUUAACUAAAUUAUUGAAUAUUAAUAAAAACGCUAUGUCUCAUAUUUAAAUAUUUGGUUUUAUUUGCCA